GAACAAUGCUGCAUGUGAACGGUUGAAAAAUUGAAAAUGUGUGUAGUUUUUGUAUCCAGUAUUUUCGCUAGUUUAGUUCUGUGUUUAUUAGGAUUGGAAGUUACAAAUCAAGCUCAACCGGAAGUCGAUGCUGCCAACCGAUGGUUUGACCAGAUGAAUUUAGAAUUAAAACUGCUGAACCAUGAAGCCGCAGAGGACGCCUGGCAGUCGAGCACACUACCGACUGAAACAGUCAUCGUGGAGAAAAUAAGUCAACUGGCGGUGCGGAAAGCCCACUGGGAGCGUACCACGUGCAGCCGGGGGCAGCGCUACGGAGACUUCAAUGCCAGCUUUGACAGGGCCCUCAACCUUCUCUGCCGUUCUGCCAGGCAUACGGAUGAGGAAAUUAGAAACAUGACAAAAUUGCUGGCAUAUUUGCAAGAAAUUUACACCGAAACUGAAGUAUGUGUUAAUCGAUCAUGUGACGAUGAUAAACUUUGGAAAAGUACAUUUUUCAAAUAUCAUGAACAAGUAAGCAAUAACUUCUCAGUGAAUGAACUUUGCUUGUUUGGAGAACCUGAUAUGGAGAGAAUAAUGAGUAGAGAAACUAUUCCCUUAUUCAAAGAUAAAAUGAAUUGCAUGAUGAACGAUCAACACAUUCUCAGUUGGGCUUGGCAGUCAUGGAGACUGGCAGUGGGACCUCCGGUGAAGGAGUCUUAUCACAGUCUCAUACAAGUCAUGAAUGUGGGAGCUCGUAGAUCGGGAUUUCAAGAUAUUGGCGAGGUAUGGCGAGCGGAGUUGGAAAUGCCAAAUUUGCGAGAAAUAGUCAGUCGACUCUGGCUCGAUGUGAAACCACUUUACCAAAAGCUUCAUGCAGUUGUGAGACACUUUCUUAAGAAGAAAUAUCCGGAAGUGAAAAACUUUCAGUCUGGUGGACAGAUUCCGGCACAUCUGCUAGGUGAUAUGUGGAGUCAAAACUGGGAAACUCUCACAGCGUCCAUACUUCCCCACGAGGUUGACAUUGAUCGAAAUUUUCGAAAUAGCAAUUGCAGUUCCGAACAGAUGGUCCGAAAAGCGGAAGAUUUUUACUCCUCGAUGGGUUUGCCAAUGAUGACCGAAAGCUUCUGGAAGAAAAGCAUUUUCGAACGUGCACAUAAUAUUACCAAGUGCCAUGGAACCGCGGCGAAUAUGUACGACGCAGGUGAUUUUCGAAUGAUAACCUGUGCGGGGAAUUCAAUGAAUGAUUUUUAUGUGAUACUUCAUGAAAUGGGUCAUAUAAUAUAUUAUAUGUUAGCGGCGAAUCAACCAACCGUCUUUCAGGAUGGAACCAACUCCGCAUUUCAGGAGGCCGUAGGAGAUACUAUCCAUUUAGCAGCUCUAAGUCCAUCUCAUUUGAUACGGUUGGGAUUUCUCAAUUCUUCAUAUUUGAAACCGGACAGUGAUGACAAUUUGAACCGUUUUGACUACAGUCUGCUGCUGAAGAUCAGUCUAACGAAAAUCCCUGCUCUUCCGUUUUCGUAUAUUAUGGAUCAAUAUCGGUGGAAUCUGUUCGACGGGUCAAUUGGGUUUGAUAGCGAUGCCAACAACUACUUUUGGUACUUAUUAGAAAGUGAACAAGGCAUCCGACCCGCCUCCGAGAUAGACAGAACAGGCUUUUUUGAUGCAGCAGCAAAAUACCAUUUCACCGAUAACACUCCGUACGUGCGUUAUUUUCUGGCCAAUUUCCUAAGCUUCCAAAUUCUGGAAGGCCUCUGCAAGAAGUCCAUUUUCGGAGACGUUAAAACAACGCAAACGCUUCCGUUUCCGUUGCACAGAUGUGAUCUGUACGGUUCCAAGCGUGUGGGACGUCUUCUCGGAAAAGCACUGAAAUUGGGACGAUCUCAACACUGGACAUUGGUGCUGGAAAUACUGACCGGAUCCUCAGAAAUAUCUUCUCGACCGCUGAUCAAAUAUUUUGCCCCGUUGACCGAAAUGCUAGAUAAGAUCAUUGAUGAAUGGCAGCUAACGGUUGGUUGGUAAAUAGUAAGAAACAAGCGUUUCGAGACUCAGAUCGUUGAAUAAAGAUGUAAAUAAAAUGUCCAUGUAGUU